AUGGCUUCGCCGCUAAGUCAUUGUCGAUGCUGUAGAGGUUUUCUGCAUAACCUUCCUUCUGCUCUCAGCAGAAGAAGUAUUGCGUCUACUUCCGUAGCUCGUAACGAAACGUUAUCUGGCGGGUUCAAGCUUCCUUCUCGAGACUGGUCGGUCAAAUCACCUCCUGACGUUAGAAACGGCGAUCCGGGGUCUGUAAGACGUCCAAGAGAAGAACCCAGAAGGAACGCGAGACCAGGUGAAGCACGAGAUAAAAACGCUGGAUCAAGCAAAAAACGUCCAGCAAGAGAUCGUGAUUCUUUCAGAUCUGGAUCUGGAUCAUCCAAAUGGGGUGCACCAAGAGAUGGUCCAAGAGGUGGAGAAAUCAGUUUGGCAUCUGGAUUCGGUCUAAAAUCGAACAAGGAUAAAGAUGCAGAUAAGAAGGGAGGACAAUUUGGUGAUCUAAUAGAUCGCACUCGUAAAUCCGAUCGUACUCAACGAUUAGUAUUAGCACCGAAACCUAAAGGUCCUUCUGCUUUCGGCGACUUAAUAGGCAGUGGGGUAACAAAGGAGAAAGGGCCUUCACUUGGAGCAAAUAAAGGCGGAGAAAGGAAUACGAGCAUUUCAUCAGAAGAAGGUGAUGUCGUCCAAGAAGGUGAUUUUGGUGAGGAUGUGAUGGAAAGAAAGGGAUAUGGAUCAAAAGGGAGAAGACCUGGAAGAAGAGAUUCAGGUGGAUCAUUGUUAUCACGCUUAAGUGAAGAAGAAGAAGCUUCUUUACCUUCAAGGCCGCAUCAUAAUCAUAAUAAGAGAUCGAAUAUUCCAACUAUCACUGCUACAACUCAGACACGAAGACCCAAAGGACCAAAACCUAAGAUAGUGGAACAUAUUGAAAAGCAAGUAUUCAUCCCAAGAACAAUAAGCGUUGCCAAUCUUGCCAAGAUAUUUGGAGUCAAACUAUUUCAUCUCCAAACUAGAAUGAUGAGAUUAGAUAUGUCCGAAGAUCAACGAAGAUCCGAUUAUUUGAUAGGAGCAGAACAAGCUUGUGAUAUAGCUAUCGAAUAUGGGUUCGAUCCUGUUGUGGAUGAUGAGGCGAGUUUCGAUAUCUACCCGGACCUUGAUCCACUGGAUGGGAAAGAGCAACCGCUGCGACCACCCGUUGUGACUAUAAUGGGUCAUGUCGAUCAUGGUAAAACUACGCUUCUUGACUCCCUUCGUCAUACCUCCGUAGCAGCUGGAGAAGCCGGUGGUAUCACCCAACAUAUCGGAGCCUUCUCAGUUCCGCUGUCAUCUCUUCUUCCCUCAGGAUCAGCGGUCAAUUCGUCAUCACCGACAACAAUUACCUUUCUCGACACACCUGGUCAUGCAGCUUUCACAGCUAUGAGAGCGAGAGGAGCUUCCGUCACCGAUAUUGUGGUAUUGGUGGUGGCUGCCGAUGAUGGGGUUAUGCCUCAAACUAGAGAAGUUUUGGAAUUGGUGAAGAGUGAAGGCGAUAAAGUUGGAUUGGUCAUAGCUAUCAACAAAUGUGACAAACCUGGUGUCGACUUUGACCGAGUAAAAUCAGCAUUGGGAGCAGAAGGUAUUCACUUGGAAGAAGAUGGCGGCGAUGUUCCCAGCGUCAGAGUGUCUGGUUUAGCCAAAUUGGGUUUAGAUGGUUUAGUGGAGACGCUGUCAACAUUGGCGGAAAUCAGAGAUCUAAGAGCCAGGAAAGAAGGAAAAGCAGAAGGAUACGUUUUGGAAUCUAGAGUGGAUAGAGGUAGAGGAAAUGUCGCUACUGUAUUAGUCACCAAAGGUAUACUUCGAACGGGUUCUUCCAUCGUUGCAGGACAAACAUGGUGCAGGGUUCGACAAAUGCAAGACGACAAAGGUAAAGCUAUUAAAGAAGCUUUACCAGGUACACCAGUAUCAAUUACAGGAUGGAAAGACUUACCUUCCGCGGGAGAUGAAUUGUUAGAAGCUGUGAAGGGGGAAGAUGAAGCUAAGAAGGCUAUCUCUAAUAGGAAACGAGAUGAGGAGAGGAAAAGGAUGAUGGAAGAUGUCGAACAAAUCAACGCCAAGAGAAAAGAAGAAAGGUUGAGGUUAGAAGCUGAAGCAGCAGCAGCAGAAGCUAUUGAAUCUGGAGAGACACCAGUAGAAGAGGAAAAGCCCAAAGAAGAAAGGAAAAUGCUUAGAUUGGUCAUCAAAGCUGAUGUCAGUGGUACAGUCGAAGCUGUCGUUGGAUCUUUAGAACAUAUAGGCAAUAAAGAAGCGGGAGUGAAGAUCGUUCAUACUGGUGUAGGGGAAGUUUCCGAAUCGGACGUUGCUCUGGCUGAAGCUUCUGAUGCUACAAUCAUCGGAUUCAGCGUUUCUGCUUCACGAACUGUCCAAACGGCAGCGAAAUCAUCUCAAACUCCAUUACAUCUUGAAUCAGUCAUAUAUCGCUUGAUCGAUACUGUUCGAUCGAAAGUUGCUGGUCUCUUGCCUCCUAAAAUCGAAUAUUCAGUCAAAGGGGAAGCUACUGUCCAACAACUCUUCUCAAUCAAUAUCAAACGUAAAGAGAGUAUCACAAUUGCUGGGUGCAGAGUAGGCAAUGGAAUCAUAAAUCGAUUAGAGGGGGUCAGGGUUCUAAGAGGUGCAGACAGAGAUGUAGUUUAUGAAGGAACUAUCGAGACCUUGAAACAUCUCAAGAAGGAAGUACAAGAAGUAAGAAAAGGGAUGGAAUGUGGAAUAGCUUUAGAAGGUUUCACCGAUAUUAGAGAGGGUGACGAAAUUGUCACGUUUACAAAAAUAGAAGUACCAAGGGAAUUAUAA